CUCUCUCUCUCUAGAUUCCUCUCGUCUUCUAUUCGUUCUAGGGUUUCAAUUCCAGCGACCUGAGGUUCACAUAAAAUAACCCAUUACGAUUUAAAAAGCACACUCCCCAAUUUUACUCGGAACUAUUCCAUUUUGUUUCGAAUUCAUUUCUGUGGUGUGUGCAUAUGGCUUCAGGUUUAGAUUUAGGUUCAUCCAACCCUUUUCUUCACCACCUCCAGAGACCUGACCUUCACCUCCAAAACCCGCCGGAUUCUGAAGAUAAUGACCCCAACACCCCGACCCACUUCUCCGCCAACGGCAACAGGCUCGACCUCGUCUCGCCGUUCUCGGGGCCUGGCGACCUGGUCACCCGCAGGCCCAGGGGGAGGCCGCCCGGCUCCAAGAACAAGCCGAAGCCGCCGGUGAUUGUCACCAGGGAGAGCGCCAACACGCUCCGUGCCCACAUCCUGGAGAUAGGCAGCGGCCAAGACGUCUUCGAGUCCGUGGCGGUGUAUGCGAGGAGGCGGCAGCGGGGGAUCUGUGUCCUCAGUGGGGCCGGCACGGUCACAGACGUGAGCCUCCGUCAGCCGGCGGCUGCUGGCUCGGUGGUGGCGACUCUGCAUGGCCGGUUCGAGAUCCUCUCCCUGUCAGGGUCCUUCCUGCCGCCCCCAGCCCCACCUGGGGCCACCAGCCUUACGGUGUUCCUGGCAGGGCCGCAGGGCCAGGUCGUCGGGGGGAACGUCGUCGGCGCCUUGAUGGCCUCGGGGCCGGUCAUCGUGAUCGCAUCUUCUUUCACGAACGUGGAGUACGAGAGGCUGCCCUUGGAGGAGGAGGAGGAGGAGGAGGAGGCGAAUCCGAUAGAGCAAGGGGGUGGUGGCAGAGGGGUCAAUAACCAGUACCCAGAUCCUUCAUCAGGUUUGCCAUUCCUCAAUCUUCCACAGAGUAUGGCUCAUCAGUUAGCAGUUGAUGGGUGGAGUGAAAAUGCAGCAGCAAGGCAGGGUUAUAAUUGACCCACAUCAAAAUUACAUUAACCACAUCUUCUGUAAUCUUUCGCUUGGUGUCUGGAAGACAUUGUCUCUCUCUCUCUCUCUCUCUCUUACUGGUGUUCUUUUGUUGAUUCUUGUAAGUUUGAUAUUGGUGAUGUGUGAGGAAAGACUUGGGCUAAACUUUUGGAGUUUGAUCUCCUAA